AAAAAAAUUACAUAAAUAAACCGUAUCUUUUUUCUUUUCUUUUUUUCGGUUAAAAUUGAAAAUUGAUUUUGCAUGCAAAAAAAAAGAAACCGAAAAAGAGAAAAUGGGCUUUUGUUGUCCAUGUUUCGGUCCAAGGAAAGAGAAGAAGAAGCUGAAGAGCGACUCUGAUGAAGAAGGAGAUAGCCGGAACAAAUGCAUGGCUUCUUUGGAAUUACAACAACAACAACAGCAGCGUCCAAUUGUUCCUGCUCAUCCUCAUCAUCCAUCAACAUCUCCAUCAUCUUCUUCUGCUGCUCCACAAGUUCAGCCUGGUAACAAUGCUCAAACAUUCACUUAUCGUGAGCUUGCAAUUGCAACCAAUAACUUUAGGCAAGACUCCUUUAUUGGGGAAGGUGGAUUUGGAGUUGUACACAAAGGGAAAUUGGAAAGCACUGGUCAGCAGGUAGUAGCUGUUAAACAACUUGAUAAGACAGGACUCCAAGGAGAAAAGGAGUUUCUGGUGGAGGUUCUCAUGCUUUGUCUUCUGCACCAUCCUAACCUUGUCCAAUUGAUUGGUUACUGUGCUGAAGGGGAUCAACGUCUUCUUGUUUAUGAAUACAUGUCCCUCGGCUCCUUGUCAGAUCGUCUCCAUCAGCGUAAACGUGAUAUGGAGCCACUUGAUUGGAACACUAGGAUGAAGAUAGCAGCAGGUGCAGCCAGAGGAUUGGCAUAUCUCCACCACGAAGCAGAACCGGCUGUCAUAUACAGAGAUUUGAAAUCAUCAAACAUACUAUUGGGUGAUGGUUUCCACCCAAAACUUUCUGACUUUGGGCUUGCUAAAUUUGGUCCUACAGGAGAUAGUUCGCAUGUCACAACCAGGGUCAUGGGUACCUACGGUUACUGUGCACCUGAAUAUGCUAUAAGUGGAAGAUUGACAAUAAAGUCUGACAUUUACAGUUAUGGAGUAGUCUUGCUGGAGUUGGUUACUGGACGCAGAGCAAUCGAUGAUAUUGAUGGUCAAGAAAGGCGGCUUGUUGAGUGGGCAAUUUCCUUUGUAAAAGACCGAAAGAGAUGGGUGCAGAUGGCUGAUCCACAUUUGAGAGGUCAGUUCCCAAAAUCUAUGUUGAAGAAGGUCAUAGAAUUGGCUUUCAUGUGCCUUCGAGAAGAUGCCAAAUCCCGUCCUACUAUGCUCGAAGUGAUUCCUGCUAUGGAUUUCAUCACAUCUCGUCCAUACAACCAUGAUGAAGCCAAAAUGGAAGAUACAAGAGAUUCAGCAGAUAACUCCCCGAAAGAGACGACAAGGAUGUUAAACAAGGACUUAAACAGAGAGCGAGCUGUGGCUGAGGCAAUGAAGUGGGGAGAGAGUUGGAGAGAAAAACGUAAACAGACUGCAGAUGAUACUCCCUGAAUUUAGAUGACUUGAAUGAAUAGAUGACUAACAGUACAGCAGAACAAUGCCUGACUUGUUUCUUUACACCAUGUUGAUAUUGUCAAUGUACAGAAAAUUUUGCAGUUAAAAAUGAUUUGUAACACUUUAGUUCCUAAGGGGGAUAACAGAAAGUUGUCUCGUCCAUGGAAUCCUAUCCUUUGCCUUAAGAAGAACAAAUGGCAAAUGGGCUUAGCCAUAUUGUAGAUAUUGUGCUCCAAUAGCAGGUUCAUUCAUUGUGGAUAUAUAGUUUUUGAUGUGUUAA